AAACAGAUAGCAAAACCAUCGACUUCAUUGAAAAGGAAGUGUGUAGAGGGUGAUACUUCUCUUCUUGACAUUCAUUAGUCAACAGAUCUAGUUUGUCAUAUCUUCUUAGUAAGACACAUGGAUACUCAAUCGAGCACUGCUCCUCAAGGCUCCCCUGCUCCUCAAGACUCUCCUGCUCCUACAGUCCCUACUUCACAGGCUACAUCUAAGAAAAAGAGAAAGCCGACACAAAUGAAAAGUUUAGCCCGUAAGCGCAUGAAAGGGCCCAAAAUAUCACUUGAUGUGGAUCCCACUACUGGGAUAGUUUCAGGGCCAAACAAAGCUCAAUUUUCAAGUUAUUUGGGAACCCUUGCUAGAGACAAGAUUAGUAUUUUAGUUCCUUCUUGGAAAGAAGUCCCACAAACUACUAAAAACAUGAUUUGGCAGGAUAUUUUGGGAGUGUAUGACAUUAGUGAUACUAAUAUAUUGAAGAGUAAAAUGCUUUCAUCUGUUGCUACAAAAUUUAGGCAACAUAAGUCUUAUCUUACAAGAGAGUGGGUACAUGGGAAAUACAAGGGUAAAAGUCCUUCUGAUGAGUAUAAUAUUGACCUUGAAGAAUGGAAAAAAUUUAAAGAAAUUCGAAAUGACCCUUCUUGGAAGCUUGUAAGAAAAAAAGCACAAGAUAUCCAGAAACUUAAUAAUGCUCCCCACUUAUUAUCUCGUGGGGGUUAUGAGUUGCUUGUGAGAAAUUUUAUGAAAAGUGAAAUUAAGAGACUUAAGGAGGAAGCAAUACAAUCUGGUGCUAGUGAGGAUGUAGUGAUUGAUCCUCCACCUCCUCCUUCAUGCCAUAGGUUGUGGAACAUGGCUCGCACAAAAAGUUCGGGUGAGAUGACUUCUGAGUCUGCUAACCAAGUUGCAGAAAAAAUUAAUGAGUUGGAGGAGCAAACAUUACAAGGUUCUUUUAUUCCCGAAGGUCGUCAAGAUAUAUUGACUACUGCCCUUGGGCGACCAGAGCACCCUGGUCGUGUUCGUACAGCUGGGGCUGGUGCUACUAUUAGUAAUUACUUUGGACCAUUGUCAAAAGGCUCAUCCUUAUCUAAAUUGAGCCCCCAGGAUUUUGAAGCCCUCACACAACAAAUAUAUAUACGAGUCACACAAAGUUUAAUGUCAAAGUACCCAAAUAUGAGUGCUCAACAGUCACAUGAUGUUCCUCCAGUUGAGGUAGAUCAUGCUAUGGUGGCUCGUGCUAGCACUAAAGGUAGUUGUCCAACUCCUUCAAGUGCUACUAUUGUUUGUAAUCCCUUUGGGGGUGAGCCUCAUGCUGAUAUCUCCAAUCAAUGUGAGUUAUGCAUUGAUGAGAUUCCUCCUCGUGUAGUGGCCAUUGGUAGAGUUUAUGAGGGGAGUUUAGUCAUAUACCAUGUGCCUUUGACAAAUGAUUUGGUGAAGGUGGUUGUUGAGCAAGUUCGAGAUUCUAAUGCUCCAGUUCCCGUACCUACUUCAGAGGUUCAAUUGGUUGGACAGGCCCUACAGACUUUCAUUUCAUGGCCGAGACAUCUUGUGAGAGAUAUUUCAACCACGGGAAUUGAUGGAGAAAACAUACGAGUACCACCUCCUGAUAGGUCAAAACCUAAUAGUGAUCCUAUUAGUGACUUGCGUGAGGCAUCAAAGUCCUUACUUUAUGGCCAACCAUUUCAGGUGAUAUGUCCUGCAAGUCUAUUUGGUGUCAACAAUCAUGAUUUUAAGUUGUAUAUUUCAUUUCAAGAUAUAUAUGAAUUAAUACAACGUGAAAUGCUCAACAUCUCAAUCAUACAAUUAUGGAUGUUAUAUCUGAAUCAAAAAAUUGAGGAGCUUGGCCAUGGUGACUUGUAUGGAUUUUUUGAGCCCCAGACAAUACAAAAAUCAGGGAAUAAAAAAGCUGAGUCUCAAAAUUAUAUCAAUGAAAGGAUAAAAACUUCACCAAAGCAAAUUUACUUGGCUCCUUAUGUCGAUCAAAAUCAUUGGCAGCUCUUGGUUCUUUGUCCUACAAACAAUGUUGCAAUCUGGUUUUGUUCUUUGCAUCGUAAGCCCAAUGUACAAUUCAAAAAUUUAAUAAAAAGUGUUAUGGUUGUGUAUAAUGUUAUGAGUGGUAGAUCUACAGCACAACCAAAGAACCUAGAUUGGAUUUACCCCAUGAGUAAUAUGCAACAAGGACAUUAUGAAUGUGGAUACUACGUGAUGAAUUGGAUGUUGGACAUAAUUGAAGGAGAAGUAACAACUGAUUGGAUCGAGCUUUUUGACGAUGUUGCACCAUUGCUAGAAACAAAAUUGGAAGACAUUCGCAGUCAAUGGGCAAAGUUCUUUUUAGAAAAAUUUAGAAAUAGAUCAUGAUUUUUUAUGAGAUGUUACAUUUUGGUUUCUGGUUACGUGGACGGUUAGAUCACAUUUUAGUUUUUAUUUCUGGUUGAUUUGAUGUUGUAUUGCUAUACUUAUUCGUUAUUAUGUUUGUAUUAUAUCAAAUUUUAGUUUCUAUUUUUGAUUUGGUAUUCUACUAGA